UUCAUCAACCAAAACAAAACACAAGUGGAAGCUAUUAAUUAAACAAAGAGAGAGAUGGCGACGUCGGGAACAUAUGUGACGGAGGUGCCGUUAAAAGGAACGGCGGAGAAACACUACAAGAUGUGGAGGAACGAUAACCAUCUCUUCCCUGACGUUGUCGGCCACCACAUCCAAGGUGUUACUGUUCACGAAGGCGAAUGGGACUCUCACGGAAGCAUCAAGAUUUGGAACUACACUUUAGAUGGAAAGGAAGAGUUAGUCAAGGAGAGGAGAGAGAUAGAUGAUGAGAAUAAGACAUUGAAGUUUAUAGGAUUGGAAGGUCACAUAAUGGAGCAGCUCAAGUUGUAUGAAUUCGACUUCCAGUUUAUACCCAAGUCUGAAGAUGAUUGCGUCUGCAAGAUCACUAUGAGGUGGGAGAAACUCAACGAUGAAUCCCCUGAACCAAGUGGCUACAUGAAAGUCCUCAAGAGUAUACUUGUUGACAUGGAAGAACACGUCCUCAAAGCUUAAUCAGUGAUCUUAAUCGUCGUCGUCAUCAUCAUCACGAUCACCCAUAUAUCAUCCCUAUAUAUAUUAAUUAUGUUGUUUUCAAUAAUGUAUGAUAAAUGUAGUACUGUUUCAUUUCUAGAUAUUGGUACUAGUUAAUAUAUAUUAUAUAAGUUAUUGAAUGACAAUUAUAUUAACAGGUGUA